GUUUCUGUUUUGACUUUGAAGACAACGGAUAAUUUAAUAAAUUUUAGCAUAAUUGUUUUAUAUAUUUUUAUUAAAUAAAUAUACAAAUUUGUUUAAAAGAAUUUUAGAAAAUAUAUUCAAAAACUAGAAAAUAAUAAAUGUUCAUAUUAAAAUCAAAGUAAAAACAGAUUUCAUUUCUCCAUAUAUAAAAGCAAGGAAUAUAAAAAGGCGCAAUUCUUCAAAGAACUUUUAUUUUUUAAAACAUGGAAGUGGACGAAGAAAACUUAUCAGACAACAGAGAACAUCGAAAUAAUGUUAUUCACUAUAUAUUGAAUAAUAGCUCUAGUAAAUAUCCUCUCAAGAAUUCGGAAAUUAUUUCUCGAGCUCUAAAUGGAAAGUCAUCUUUGUUAAGUCAAGUUAUUGGGGAUGUGAGAGAUGCCCUUGAAAAUACUUAUGGAAUUCUUUUAAAAACCGUACCUGAUACAAAAAGUGGAAAACUGUACAUUUGCGUUUCAAAGUUUGCUGCAGUGACCAGCAAUGAAUUUGACGAACUUCAACGUUCACAGAUAACACUUUUGUUUAUAGUACUAUCAUAUAUCUUUAUGAGAGGAGUUCCAGUUUCCGAAGAAUUUUUGGAAGAAUUCCUCAAGGGCUUACACAUAUAUUUCGACAAAAGCCAUCCCUUCUUCGGAUCGAAUAUUAAAAAACUUAUAACUGAAACAUUUGUAAAACAACUUUAUUUGAAAAAAACCAAAAGUGAAAAGGAUGCAGUUGAAAAUGAACUUUUUUACUCCUGGGGGUAUAGAAGUGAGGUAGAAUUCCCUAAAAAAGAUGUGUUAGAUGCUGUAUCUAAGUUGCUAAGCAAACCUGCUAAACAUUUUGUUUUGCAAAACAUGCAAGCAAACGCUCCUGAGCCAACAGAUUAGAUUUUUAAUUUUUUUAUUUCAUUAUGUAUUAGAAUAGUAUUUUUUUUAUAAACUUUUAGUGUUAAAUAAAAAAUGUGAUUACAAAAGUA